GUAGAUGGCACGAGGCGAGUUUCUCCUGCUCUUUGCUUCUGUUCCUGAUUCUCUAUCUUGUUCUCCUGCCUGGAUGGGAGAGAAUAAGAAAUAUUUCUAAGAAACGGGCUGUAUCGAUGUCAUUUUCGGUGUCUGCUCCUCUCUGCAAAGUUUGGAGACUACAGUCCUUGGAAGAACACAUGCAUGUGCACCCUCAGUGUUCCAUUCGGCAUCGAGUCACUUCUGUUAUUUUUUUUAUCUGACCGGAAGAAAAAGUCAUGGCCGUGUCUUCCUUGAUUUGCUCUGAAACUAUAAGCAGGGUGAGCUCCGUCCUCAACCGAGAGGUGAAGCAAUUUGGAAAGAAGUACAUGUUUGACGGAAAUGAGGAAACGUGUUGGAACUCAGACCAGGGUGCCAUCCAGUGGCUGACGUUGGAAUUUCCUCAGACCAUCCAGGCGUCUCAAAUUCAGAUUCAGUUUCAGGGUGGAUUUGCAAGCCGAAAAUGCAUUCUGCAAGGUGGCCGGAAAGCAGAAGAUCUCUCCACCCUAGCUGAAUUCUACCCUGAAGAUAGCAACUCUCUCCAGAGCUUCCCGUUCAAGGCAGAACCACUGGAUAAACUGAAAAUUACUUUUCAAAACAGCUCGGAUUUCUUUGGGCGAAUUAUCGUCUACCAUCUCGACCUCCUUGGGCAAAAGCUUUGAUAGAGGAGGAAGCAAAAGCUGAAGGAUUUGUCGAAAUGGCAAACUAAACACCAGUCUGGGAUUUCGUAAGAUGGUGUGAACUAGACUUGGCUGCUUUCUGUUGGGUGCUUCGAUAGCAAAUGAACUUCUUCCCCAUUUUUCUCCUAUUUCAGGAGCACUUUGCACAGCUGGAAAGAAAAGAGUUUUUCUCUUAGAUGUGCAAUUAGAGGUUUCAUUAAAGAAAAACUACAUUUUCCAUGCCGAAAGGAAAGGACCUCUAGUUCUAAUUUGAACAUAUGGGCUAGUACAGAUACUGUAGUCCUUGACUUACAAUUUACUCAGUUACAGUAUCACUGA